AUGCUCGCCGAGCUCCCCACCGUGACCCUCACCAACGUCUACGGAUCACACUCGGGCGUGUGGUCGGCGGCAGACGUGCUCGCCUGGCUGCGGAGCACUGAUCCGACGGUGGCACACGCUAGCACGCCGCGCCACGCUCAUGAGUGUCCCGCUGCAGCCAUCUCGCACCUGCAUGCAAACGACGACGCGUGGCACAUCUCGGUGUCGGAUCUGGCGGCAAGUGCGCGCGAGGCUGCGGUCCUGCCGGCGGGGGCUAGUCCGGCAUCAGACUCGGAAGAUCUUGCCGUUGAGGAGUCGCUCUGGGUGGCGGCGAUGGCUCAUCUACUGGUUGUCUAUAGCGCCCUGAUCCCACUCGAGUCGGAGCGGUUGUGUGUCCCGCUGAGGAAUGCGCACGGCGAUCUGUACUUUCCCAACACUAGCGGGCCCGAUCUGGUGCCACGGGCCAUGCUCCAGGCAGCGCUUCCGUCCCCGACCCACCCCGGAGUGGUGUACACUCAGAGUGUGUCGGCGUCGGCGCUCUCGCUCACGUUUGCGGACACGCUGGUCGACGCGCUGCCGCGCAAGGCAAUCACGGUGGCGUUCCGGCGGAUGGACCAGGUAGUACGCGGCAGCGACGUGGUGGCGCUGCUAACGCGGGCGGCAGCAGCAGUGGCGACGCUGGCCGGCAGCGGCGGGACUACCCACCGCGAGUCGAGCCCGUUCGACUACCUGCGUCUGCAGAUGACGCCGAUGGGGCUGUGGCCGAGCGAGGCAGUCCCAGCGCGGGCGGUCGAGCCACUGGUGGCAACGCUUGUGUAUGCUGUUGCGCAGAACUUGAUGGCUAUGAACGUGCUGCGGCAUGUCUUUGACAAGCCUGUCUUUGUCGACGACGGCGUGUACAGCGUUAACCCGCGCGAGUGGUGGCGCCCUCUGGCGCGCAAGCGAGUCAGCAUGCCUCCGCUCGCUGCGCUAGAGCUCCGCAACCUAGCAACCGAAAUCGCGCGCGUAUUCCGCCCUGCGCCGCAUCACUACGCCAAGCGGUUGCACCAUGACACUGUUCGCGGUGCACACCUUGCGUCGUGGCUGACAACGGCGCGGUUUGCGAGCAGUCGCUUCCACGCAAGCACGCUCGCCUGCCAGCUCCUUACCGCCGGCUACCUGGUGCCAGUCCUCCCAUCGGCCGUUUUUCACGACGAUCCGAGUCUCUACCGGCUUGCGCCGCUUGAUUCUGUCGACGCAGCCGAGACACCGCGCGAAAACGGGCUGCUGAUGGCGGCAACGGCGCGGGCGGCGACCGAGGGCCAAGUCCAAGGCGGCGGAGAGCUGUCGGACACCAAACACCUUGCGUCGCUCCACGGCUCGCCGAUUGCGCACACUGCGGCUGCCACCAUCCAGCGGUGUUUCCGCAAGUACCUUGCGCGGGCGCAGGAUGCGCUCACGGCCGACAUUUACGACGCCGACGCGUUCCUGGUACUCUCGUCGGUCGAACUGCCUGCAGUGAAGGCCGGGCGGGUCGACGAGCAGAUUGAGGCUUUUUCAGCGCUGCUUGCCUCCAAGCUCGCCGAGACCGAUCGGUUAGGCCGGCCGCAGCGCCACUUUGAGGCGGUGGCUCGCGAGCAAGUCGAGCGGCUGCUGCGGAUGGAGUCGAUCAAGCUGCAGCGGACAACCGUGCUACAAGCCAAGAUCCAGCGGGCCGACGCGGCGCUGACUGCCAAGCAGCGUGAGGCAGCGUUUGUCUCGCUCUGCGCAAGGCAGCAGCGAGCAUACCUCAAGGUAGCCCGGCUCCGGAGCCGGCUAGCCGACUAUGCGGCGGAGAACGAGUCUGAAGAGGCAACCGCACGCCGAGCAGCACAGCAGCGAAUGCGAUACACAAUGCUCGCGCGAGAGGCGCGCAUCCUGCACGAGGCCGCGACCGUCGCCGGUGCGGCCGAUGGGCCAAGGCUGCCGGCGCAAGUGGCUGCGCGACUGCUCGCGCCGCCUGGCCCGCCCGGCUCUGGUCGCCGCAGCGCCCGGAGACGACGGCGGGGUCGGGCGCCGGCACGGCCGGCGCCGCGGUCGCUACCACGGCUGAAUCAGGCCCGCAAGGUGCCGACGCCGCUCCCGCUUCCGCCGCUGGUGCCAGGCUCGUCGCCAAGGGCGCGCCGAGCGCGGGCGGCGGCAGUCAAGAAGGCGGCAGCCAAGAAGGCGCGCCGCGAGCGGGCGGCCACGGCGGCGCGGCACGCAGCCAAGUGGCGGGCGGGGUUCUGGCAGACGGCGUGA